AUGGCGAUAUCCGGUAACAAUGUGUUCAUGCGGGGCGUGGUGGAGCGUGGGCCACAUUCAGAGUCGCUGGCCGUGAGAACUCCGAUGGGUUCCGUCUCCCCGCCGCCGAUGCUGCUGCUGCUGGGACUCUGCGCCUUCGCACAGCUGGGGGCAGUCGCCAGCGCCGCCUGGUGGUCGCUGGCAAUGUGGGUCCCCCCGGCAGUGGACCCCUCGCAGCGUCCGCUGCUGCUGUGCAGCGUGGCCCCGGGGCUGUCCCCCGCACAGCGCCACGUCUGCCGGCAGCAGCCGCACUUCGCGAAGCUCGUGGUGGACGGCGCGCGGCUGGCGAUCGCCGAGUACCGGCACCAGUUCCAGGCGAAGCGCAAGCGCAAGGCGCCGUGCACGGAGGACGGGCUGGUCCCUUUGGCUCGGGCAGGCUCUCGCGAGGCCGCCUUCUUCUCCGCCCUCACCGCCGCCGGCGUGGUGCACGCCGUGGCGCGCGCCUGCAACACGUCGGAGGUGAUCCGGCAAAACUGCACGUGGACCUACCAACCCUGGUUGCUUCCCGGAGACAACGUCAAAUACGGACGCCAUUUCGCCAAGUUGUUCUUGGACGCGGGCGUCAAAGACCGCUGGAGGCAAGGAGGGCGACGCAAGUCUUUGUCGAAGUUCCUCCUGAUGGAACUGCACAACAACGAAGCGGGCCGGCGGGCGGUGGAAGACCUGUCGUACUUCAAAUGCGGUUGCGCCGAGAGAACCGGCGAAUGUGUCGGCGUCUGCUUGCCGCGGCUCCAAGACUUUCGCAGCGUCGGCGACUUUCUGAAGGAAAAGUACAACGUAAGUUCCGCCAUGCGGCUGGUGAGGAGCAACAGCAGCAGCAGCGACGUCGCGCGCUGGCGCCUGCAGCCGGUGAACGAGUGGCUGCCGGCGCCCGGAGCGAGCGAGCUGGUGCACGUGGAGGCCAGCCCGGAGUACUGCGUCCGCGGCGCUCCCGGCGGAGCUCCGGCGAGGCGGCGCUGCAACGACACCUCCGAGGCAAACGAGCGAUGCUCCGACAUCAACGCCGCGUGCUGCGACACGGGAUACGACAUCUCGCAAGUCACGCUGCAGAUGCAGUGCGGGUGCAAGGAGCAGCUUAAGCGGAACGUCAAGUGCAAGCUUUGCCCGUGGACCGUCGAUCAAUUCGUUUGCAAGUAGCCUCGCGACCCGGUCUAGGGGUGGCCUGAGAUCGCG